AUGAGCUCGUUCGGGCUGAAAUUUGGGGAGCGGGCACUGGGAGCCUUGGAUGAAAAGCUGAAUCCCUCUUGGAUAUGGGGGUGCGCGCUCCGGGCUACUCCCGAAUUUCAGAGACUUUCAGGGGACCUCCAAGUUGGCACAUUCUCUCGCUGGGAUGCCGUGGUGCAGACGGAGGGCCGCUCAGAUGCCCUCGUGGAGGAGGCUGGUGCGGACGGACUGACGGACCCAGACGCGAACUCGAGGGUCUGGCUGGGACUCCCCUCCCCCGUCCGUCUGCACUCACAGUCAUCCCGACACCGGCGGUGCUUAGGACGGAGCGAGCGCGCCGGCCGGAGGGCGGCACCCGGCCCGCGGCCAGCAGGGCGGCCCGGCUCCCCCACCUGCGCGCGGCCCCGGGAGGGAGGGGGCGCGGCAGCUGGGGGAAGAGGGGCCUUUGUCUUCCUGACUCACCUGUCGAGACAGCUGCCUGCAGGGGAAGGCCCCCGGGGGCCUGCUGGGGGGAUUAACCCCCUGCGGCCCGCACCUCCCACUUUCCUCAUCCCCCUGCUUCUGAUCCUGGGUGAGACCGUCAUCUGCUCCAGCCGGGCCACUGUCAUGCUUUAUGAUGACAGCAACAAGCGAUGGCUGCCUGCCGGCACGGGUCCCCAAGCCUUCAGCCGUGUCCAGAUCUACCACAACCCUACGGCCAACUCCUUCCGAGUGGUUGGCCGGAAGAUGCAGCCGGACCAACAGGUGGUCAUCAACUGUGCAAUCGUCCGCGGUGUCAAGUACAACCAGGCCACCCCCAACUUCCAUCAGUGGCGUGACGCCCGCCAGGUCUGGGGCCUCAACUUCGGCAGCAAGGAGGACGCAGCGCAGUUUGCCUCUGGCAUGGCCAGCGCCCUAGAGGCAUUAGAAGGAGGUGGGCCUCUGCCACCUGCCGCACCACCCACCUGGGCGGUCCAGAACGGCCCCUCCCCGGAGGAGGUGGAGCAGCAGCCGAAGAGGCAGCCGGAGCUUGAGCGCAGGAUCUCCAAUGCAGGAGGUCCACCUGCUCCCCCCGCUGGGGGGCCACCCCCACCUCCAGGACCACCCCCUCCUCCAGGCCCCCCUCCGCCCCCUGGCCUGCCCCCCUCAGGGCUCUCAGCAGCAGGGCAUGGAGCUGGGGGAGGCCCACCCCCUGCACCCCCUCUCCCCGCGGCACAGGGCUCCAGUGGCGGAGGCGCCGGAGCCUCUGGACUGGCUGCAGCCAUUGCUGGAGCCAAACUCAGGAAAGUCAGCAAGGAAGACACCUCAGGGGGGCCCUUGGCCCCCAAAGCCGAGAGCGGGAGGAGCACAGGUGGGGGACUCAUGGAAGAGAUGAACGCCAUGUUUGCCCGGAGAAGGAAAGCCACACAGGUUGGAGAGAAACCUCCCAAGGAUGAAUCUGCCAAUGAGGAGCCAGAGGCCAGAGUCCCAGCCCAGACCGAACCAGUGCGGAGGCCCUGGGAGAAGAACAGCACAACUCUGCCAAGGAUGAAGUCAUCUUCUUCAGUGACCACUUCCGAGGUCCACCCCCCUACCCCCAGCUCCAGUGACGAAUCAGACCUAGAGAGGGUGAAACAGGAACUUAUAGAAGAAGUGAGAAAGGAACUGCAGAAAGUAAAAGAGGAAAUAAUUGAAGCCUUUAUACAGGAGCUGAGGAAACGGGGUUCGCCCUGA